AAGAACGACGACGAUGCUGCACUUGCUGUGGCUCCUCGCAGCCCUCGUGCCAUGGACGGGCGCCACGAUGCGCCCGAUCAUUGGUGUCAUGACGCAGCCAUUUUAUGGCCGCGACGUCGACUACAUCGCUGCGUCCUAUGUCAAGUGGAUCGAAAGCGCCGGUGGCCGCGUCGUCCCGAUUCCAUACUCGGCCUCCAACGACACGAUCGACGCGCUUCUUAGUAGCGUCAACGGCGUGCUUUUCCCGGGUGGCGCAGCACCAGUCAACGACCAAGCCGCCCGCGUCUACGCGCUCGCACUCGCGGCGAACGACCAAGGCACGUACUUUCCCAUCUGGGGCACGUGCCUCGGCUUCGAGUGGCUCGUGCAACUCACCUCGUCGAUCGGCAUUCUCAAUACAGACCUGAACGCAAUGAACCUCUCGUCGACGCUCCAGUACACGCCGGCGGCUGCGACGAGUCGCGUCUUCUCGUUCCAGCCGAGUGCAUUCGCGGCUCUGGCGACGCGACCGCUGACGAUGAACAACCACCGGAAAGGCAUCACAACGACCCGGUUCGCAUCAACGCCGGUGCUCACGUCCGCCUUUCGCGUCCUAGCAACCUCGGUCGACCGCGCUGGCGUCGAGUACGUGGCGGCGAUCGAGAGCCAGAAGUACCCGAUCUACGGGGUGCAGUUCCACCCGGAAAAGCACGCGUACGAGUAUGGCAUGCGUGUCAACGGCUCGCCCUACGAGGCGAUUGACCACAGCGACGACGCGAUAUUGGCUGCCCAAGCGUUCGCUCGGUUCUUCCUACGCGAAGCGCGCAAGAACGAUCAGCGAUUUCCCAGCGCCGCCGCAGAGCAGCGGGCGCUCAUCUACAACCACCCGCUCACGCAGCGCAAAGCGCCCGCCUUUGUCGAGAUUUACGAAUUUCCCGUGGGAAAAAUCAACACGUGGCACGACACUGCGCUCUCACUGGCUGCCCACGCUCUCCUGCGCCAUCCGUGGCGCUAAUCGUUGUAGCGAUUGAUACGAGCACGCUUGGUUGAUACUCUUUCAUUGAUAUUCUCUCAGAAAUGUUGAUACAAUACCUACCCUAUGC